GGGCGGCUGGAGGACGUGGAGGGUUUGGAGAAGCAGCUGCUGGGGCGCUUUCCAAACACUUACGCCUUCACCAAAAGACUCUGCGAGGCUUUGAUCGCCCGCGAGUGGCAGCUCCGCAACGCCCCGCAGCAGCAGCAGCAGCAGCAGCAGCAGCAGCAGCAGCAGCAGCAGCAGCAUGAUGAGCAGCAGCAGCAGCAGCCUGACCAGCAGCAGCAGCAGCAUGAGCAUCAUCACCGUGACCAGCACCAGCAGCAGCACCAGCAGCAGCAGCAGGAGCCGCAGCAGAAGCAGCAGCUGCAGCUGGAGCAGCUGCUGCAGCAGCAGCAGCAGCAGCAGCAGCAGCAGCAGCAAAGUUUGUUGAGCGGCAGCAACUUGGAGCCCUUUCGAUUUCCCAUUUGCAUUUUGCGGCCCUCCAUCAUCGGCUGUGCGUACAGACACCCCAAAAGGGGCUGGAUCGACAACGUCAACGCCACCGGCGGCAUGCUGCUGCUCUGCGCGCUGGGGAUUCUGCGGUGUUUGCCUGCAAACCCCGAGUUCAUUGGCGACCAAGUGCCGGUGGAUGUGGUGGCGGAUUCUUUGAUAGUUGCUGCUGCUGCUGUUGCUGCUUCGAACGCGUUGCUGCUGCAGCGGGCGGGCAGCAGCGCAGCAGCAGCAGCAGCAGCAGCAGACGACACCGUCGCAGCAGCAGCAACGCGCGCAGCAGCAAGCCACGUGGACCCCAGCUGCAUCCUGCGCCCCGCCGAGCUGCCGCCGCUGCAGCACCAGCAGCAGCAGCAGCAGCAGCAGCAGCAGCAGCAGCAGCAGCAGCAGCAGCCUGGCGCCGCGCACGUGGGCGCGUCCGCCGCAGCGCCGGCCGUGGCCCCCGCUGCUGCAGCAGCAGCAGCAGCAGCAGCAGCAGCAGCAAGGCCCGGAGUCUACGUGGUCCACUGCUGCAGCAGCGACUUAAACCCCACAUUCUGGAAAGACCUUUUAGUCCACGGAAGAGAAUAUAAUAUGUUGUGUCCCUUUUACGCCAGAGUCAAGAGACACAUGACCACUCCCUUCUUCGACACAGACUUCAAACAGUUCCAGCGGCGUUUUUUCGUGCAGCAGAAGCUGCCGAGUUUGCUGCUGUGGCACUCGUUGGGGCGCGUGGCUCCUGCUGCUUCGCAGCUGCAGAAAGGCCUCGAUUUGCUGCUGCUGGGUCUCCAAAAAGCCGAAAAAGCUGCUGCUGCGCUGCACCCCUUUUCUUACCAAGAGUGGGUUUUCGAGCAGCAAAACGCGGUGUACAUACACCGCAUGCUUUCGCCGCAAGAAAGGGCCCAGUGGGCCGUUUCCGUACAGAACAUCAACUGGAGAGAAUACAUCCAUUCUUUCUUCUACGGAAUCGCCAGGUGGCUCCUUAAAGAGCCCUCAGAGGCGGCGGAGGAGGCUUCGCGGGAGGCGUGGCGGGAGGUGGAGUGUCUGUACACCCGGAUGGCGGGGAGCAUCGAGCCGCACGCGGACUUUUUGCUGAUUUCCUACGUGUGUUUCACCUACGGAGUGCCGCUGCCCUUCAUCGCCGCAGACGAGGCCUUCGGGGCCAUUCGCAUGGUCCACCAGCUGCUGCGCAGGGCCGGCGCCUUUUUCGUUUCCCGCGAAAAGACAAAAGCCGAAAGUUUGGAAAAAGAAAUAAUUCCAAAAAUCAAAAAACUUCUUCUCCAACUCUUCGUCAAGUGCGUCGCCCGCAGAUACGGAGUCCUCGAGGUCUUCCUCGAGGGCGGCAGGAGCAAAACAGGACUGAUGCUGGCGCCCAAGCUGGGGCUGCUUUCCUGCGUCGCGGAAAUGCUCUUCAGCGGCUCCGUCUCCGAAGUUUUAUUUAUUCCAAUUUCGAUUUCUUACGACAGAGUUUUGGAGGCGGAGACGUUUCCGCAGGAGUUGCUGGGCGAGCCCAAGAAGGCCGAGGGUUUGAGUCGCGUCCUGAAAGCCACCAAACUCUUCGCCGCCCCCGCCUACCACCAAACCCUCAAACCCUCGCCAGGCUCUCGGGGUUUGGCGCCGCAGUUCGGGCCCGGCUACAGACCCUUCGGAACCGCCAGCAUCAACGUCAUGCCCCCCAUGAGCUUCAGGGAUUAUCUCUUUUCCAACUGGGCCGAUGAGGGGCCCCUCAAACCCUUGCUGGGGGCCCUUCGCCACUCCUGCGUUUCUCCCAUGGCGCAGUUUGGCUCUUUGCCCACUCUCACGGGGCAGCCGCAGCUGCUGCAGCAGCAGCAGCAGCAGCAGCUGCUGCUGCUGCAGCAGCAGCAGCAGCAGCAGCAGCAGGUGGAGGAGGAGGAGCAGCAGCAAGAACCCACAAACCCUAAUAGCUUUGCUGUGAUUCGGGCCAGCGGCUCUUUGCCUCCAGUGCCGGAAGAGCUUAAGAGAAAAAUAUCGCAAGUGGCCUGGCUGCGGGACCAGCUGCUGCAGCGCGGGGGCCUCUUGAGUCCCUACAUUUGCGGCUUUUCUUACGACCCUUCUGCUGCAGUUCGAACAGCUUUGGGGCGAUAUUUGGAAAAAGUGGCGGAGUCCAAAGGGGAGGGUUGGUGCGCAGCAGCAGGGUACUGGGGGGGCCCCCCGGGGGCCCCCGGGGGGCCCCCCGGGGGCCCCCAGGGGCCCCUCCGCAUGCACCUGCCCCGCCUGCUGCUGGCCUACUACCGCAACCAGUGCAUGCAUGUCUUUGCCAAUGAGGGCUUUGCUGCACUCGCCUUAAUUGCUGCUGGGGGCCCCCUGGCCUUCUCCAGGGGGGCCCCCCUUGCUGCUGUCAAGGCGCAUGCAGCCUUUUUGCUGCAGCUGCUCAGCUGCCACUUCGUCUACGCCAACAAAGUCAACACCGACUCCUUCGAAGGCGUUUUGGACUUGAUGGAGCAGCGCAAGAUCUUGCUGCGGCAGGGGGGGGCUGCAGCAAAAGAAAACUUAGCUUUUAAUCCCGAACAAGAAGCUUUAGUUCUUCUUCUUUGCAGCUUUUUGUGGCCUUUCGUGGACAGCGUUUGGGCCUUGGGAAACACUUUGUUCACUUUGCAAAGCCACUUCCCCGGCGCAAUGGCGCCGAAGUUGACGACGCCGCAACUGAGGAAGCAGCAGCUGGUGGCAAGGGCGCACUGGCUUGCUGACGGUCUGUGCAAAGAAGGCAUUCUGUCUUACUACGAAAGCACUUCUUUUCCCACUCUGAGUCGCGCAAUAGACGGCUUCGUCGCGUUCGGCGUUCUGCGGAAAGCCGGCGGCGGAACUUCGACGGAAAUCGACAAAGACACUUUGCUGGAGUUGACUCCGCACUACCGCGAAGAGGCGCAUUUGCAAGAGUUCUUGAACAAAAUUCACAAGUUCCGCCACGCGGCGCUCCUCGAGACGUCGCAGCCAAAUGCCCAGCACGCGAAGUGA